GACAUUUAUUCAAGUUGUAUACAAAAUAACGGUUUGAUUUGGUUUAAAUUAUUUUUAAAAGUUAAUAAUGAGUGAUGUAAGUGAGAAAAUCGGUGUUUGUUUAGAAAAAUUUAAUUCGAUUAAUACAGCGUGUUCGUAUAAAUCAAAAGUUGAUUGGUUCAAUGAAUUUUGUGUGAUUUUGUCGGAUUUAUUGAUGACUGUAGCAAAUUUAAUUAAAAAAUCGAGUUUGGAUUAUGUGAAAGAUGUUAAACGAUCCCUAUUACUUUACUUGCAACAAUUAACAACUUUAUUAUCGUUGUUAAUUAAAAUAUUUUUGCACGAAAAUGAUAUAAAGGAAAUGAUUCAUGAAGCGAGAUAUUUUGUGAUUAAACAGCUACAAACAUGUUUCGAAGGAAUCUCUCUAAUUCUCAUAAACGAUCGUUUAAAUAAACCGAACGGUUCUUUUUUAAAAUACAUGGAUCUUUCGCUGGAUAAGCUCUCACAAAUUAACGCCGAGAUUAAUAAUAAAAACGAUCUGAUUAAAAAUUAUCACGCCGCUAAAGAUUGCAUCGAAGAAGUUCUUUGUUACGCAAUGUCGAUCGCUCAAGUUUCAUCGAUAGAAGAUUCGAAAGUAAUUAAGGGAAAUAGCAAAGCGGUUUUGGAGGAACUUGAAAGUUUACUUGUCGAAUUAAAUAAAGACGAAAUUAAAAUUAAUUUUUGUAAUCUUUUUAUCGAUUGUUGUUACGAUAAGUUGUGUGUAUUAGAAAAAAAGGUUAAUUUUGCCGUGUUAAAAUUAAGUUUAAAAGUUUUUUGUGAUUACACAAAACCGGUACUCGAUUUAAACAAUUUUUGUUUAAAUAAAGAAAAAGACGAGGAACAAUUUGACGAAUUAAUAAUUAAUUUGGAUAAUCACGUCGAUCGAAUCAUGCAAGUUGGGUUAUUUGCUAUUGCGGCAUCACCUCAAAUCAAAAUUGGGAUACAAAUGGAAAGUUGUUUGGCGAGUUUAGAAGCUUUGGAAGGUGAAUUAGUACCAAGUUUUAAUCGUUUAUUACUCGAUCCUAAUUUACAAUCAAAAAAUUAUUCGUACCUUCUCGAACAAUUUUGGAUCCAACAAGCAAAUAAUCUUAAAGAGUUAAUUUAUAACAUUAUCGAUCCGUUCGCUUUUUGCCAGGUCGUUUACGAAGAAUUAAAGUUACACAUAAUCGAGAUCAAUGAUUAUUUAAAAAAUGAGAGUACAAAAAUAAGUUAUUCAGAUAAAUUUAAAGUUAUCAUAAAAGAGAAUUGGAUUUUAGUCGAUUUAAUCGGAGUUUCGAUUAAAGAAAUGGAUUUAGAUAAUAAAAAGGAUAUUGAAAAAAAUUUAAAUGAAGUUAAAUUGAUUUUAAACGAAAUAAAAAGUGCGAAUGUUUUAUUAUUAGUUAAUAAAUCUGAAAUAGAAGCGAAUAACAUUCAACGUGUUUUUAAAAGGGUUAAAAUUUUAAAAGGAACCGUCCGAAAGUUAUUAUUUAGUUUAUCAAAUACGGAUUUAAAAAACGAUUUAAAUUCUCCUGGGGGUCUAAACGAUAAAACCGACUCGUUUUUUGAUGAUGAUAAUAAGAAAUUAAACCAAUUUGUUGAUAGAGGGAAAGAAAUUUUAACUGAAAGGAGCAUUUUGUAUAAAACACCAUCUAAAAAAUUAUCGACAAGAAAUUGUCAGACAUCUUUGGUAAAAUGCACUAAAAAAUUAGAUCUUAACCGACCCAUGCCGCUUCUUAAAACAAUCCAUUUAAGAAAUUUACAUUUUUCUUAUUCAAAAGUUGAGAGUGAUUUGGACUCGAAACAAAGCGAUUUGCAAAUUACAGAUAUUCUUAAUGAGUUAGAUAAUAUUUCGAGUUCGUUUAGUAAUACGUUUUAAUUAUUAAUAUAAAAAAGUUUAAAUAAAUCAUAAAAUUGAGUAUACAGGGGAAAGGAAGAUAGAUAAAUUAAUAAUGAUACGAAAUUCACGCCAUAAAAUUAAGUAUACAGUUAAGCAAAAGUGAUUAAGAUAACAUAAGUCUGGAGAAGGCUGUAAGAGAAUUGAGUAGGUAUAGCAAAUAGAUACAAUUGCAAAAACAAAAAGGGACCUCAUAGAGGCCUUCAAAGCAUUGGAGACAAGAUCUAAAUACGCCCAAUACAAAAUACAUGAAGGUUCCUAAUAACGCUCAGCUAACACCACUUGAAGAUCUGAUUAAUGAACCAUACAUGUUCAAAGGUGUAACGGAAUUUGUAUACCUUGGAACCUAGACUGAGAAAAGUAUAAAUGUCAGGCGUAGUAACCAACAAAACUGAUGACAAAAAAUGACGAAAACCUGUUGGACUGCUUUGAAAGAAAGAUACUCCGCCAUAUAUACAGGGGUGUUCAGGAAAACGGAAUAUGUCCCUUAUGAACCUAAAGACACAUUCCGUAAGCAAUUGUAACACAUUGAUCAAUUAUACCAACUUUAUUUGAUUAGAAAGUAAAUGUUUUUGAAAUUGACGUUUUUUGCAUAAAAAUCGGAUAAAAGUCUGAGAAUGAAAAGAGAUGGAAGAAAAUGUUUCGGACAAAAAAUGUUUCUUAUCAACCUAAAGACAUAUUCCAUACAUAAUUGUAACACAUUGAUCAGUUAUACCAACCUUAUUUGGUUAGAAAGUAAAUGUUUCUGAAAUUGGCGUUUUUGGCAUAAAAAUCGAAUAAAAUUUCGAGAAUGAAAAGAGAUGGAAGAAAAUGUUUCGGACAAAAAAUGUUCCUUAUCAACCUAAAGACAUAUUCCAUAAAUUAUUGUAACACAUUGAUCAGUUACACUAACAGUAUUUGGUUAGAAAUUAAAUUUUUUUGAAAUUGGCGUUUUUGGCAUAAAAAUCGAAUAAAAUUCCGAGAAUGAUAAUAGAUGAAAGGAAAUGUUUCUGACAAAAAAUUUUUGUUAUUAAUCUCAAAGUCAUAUUCCAUAAACAAUUGUAACACAUUUAUCAGUUAUACCAACCUUAUUUGGUUAGAAAGUAAAUGUUUCUGAAAUUGGCGUUUUUUGACAUAAAAAUCGAAUAAAAUUGCUGACUUUGCACUGUGUCAAUCGCUAUUAUCAUAUUCUCUGUUGGCCUGGAGGAACUGCUUGGUCUAGGGUUUUUCGGCUGCAGCGACGUGCCAUAUGUGAUCUGAAGUAACGAGACGAGUGCCAUAAAUUCUUUAUAGAUCAAAAAAUACUAACAUUUCCCUAGCUAUUUAUAUUAGAGUGUCUGUUGCACUUGCACAACAAUGUAGAUAAAUAUACUGUCCACAGAGAUAUUACAGCUAUAGAACCUGUAACAAUCAUAAGCUAAAACUUAAAUUUUGUAGACUCUUUAAGUCACAGAAAGGUGUAGAUUUUACUGUGUUCAAGUUUUACAAUAAGGGACUAAAUGACAAUGAGACUAAAAUUAAUCUUUGGGGUUUAUUGAGAGAAAUAUGACAAAAUUUAGUUACUUGGAUACUUUAAAACGUAAUUUAUGUCAAAGCUUUCAAAAAGUCAACCUUCCUACUGUGUUCUGGUUCCAACAAUGACAUUUCAAAUUAUUAAAAUUGUUUAAUUAAAUAAAUUAAACAAUAUUAAAAGAAUUAAAUAAAUUUUUCUAAUAAUCUAUAUUUUAUUAUGUCAAUGUAAAUGUCAUUUUGACGUUUAACGUUAAGUAACGUAUCCUAACUGA